AUGGGUCAACUCAUAGAGUUCGCCAUCCAUAGCGCUGACGUGGUGGGUAAACGGUUCAACAGCAACGGAUAUGUAGAAAAGAAGGAAUCUUGCGGACAAGUCGGGCACUUGGUUGAGAAGCCCCUAAGUAACGAGCGUGUUUACCACACGGCGUGCAUGCCGUCACUUCAGGACCCAGGACCGCCCGUCUGCCACAUUAUGGCGGACAGUCGGCCCUCAGACCUUGAAACCGCGCCGUUACUAAGAGAUUCAGACUCGGAUGCAGAGGAUCAGAAUGGCGGCUACAACCCGACCCAACCAACUUUCAAUGAUCGAAUAGCAGUGAUUGCACAAGAACCGUUGACGCCGCUCACGAAGAUCUUACUCAUCCUUGUACUCGCACUGCUGUUGCUCAGCUCGGUGUUCAUUGGCUUGUUUGCUGGAGUGCAGCACAAACUUAAUGUGGAACGCGGUCGGGAUGGCGGAGGUGGAGGUGGAGGCGGCGGAACCGCGACAGUCGUGCCUACUGCAAUAACCACCACAGCGACGGAGACAGAGACAUACAUCGGAACGCAAAUUAACAGUCGUGUGCAGGGAGCGUGUCUUACGCCUGAAUGCAUCAUGCUUUCGGCCUCGAUACUUGCCUCUUUGGAUACUUCUCAGGAUCCUUGCGAAAACUUCUACGAUUAUGCCAAUGGAGGUUGGCUCGCAGCGCAUCCUUUGCCCACCGACAAGGGGUCUUUCGGUAAUUUCGAGGCCCUCGCGCAGCAAAAUAAGCAACUCAUCCAGCAAAUCCUUGAGGGCGACAAGACCCCGGCCUAUAAAACCCCUGCUUUCAUGCAUGCACCUUCGUACGACGAGCAGCUCUUGAAGAAACUACGUGGUCUCUACGCUUCGUGUGUUGAUGAGAAAGCCCUCAACGAGAUUGGCGUUGAGCCUCUGUGGCAAAUUGCUCAUACCGUCCGCAAGCUGUUCUCCGGGAAGAGUACCGAAAUAUCCACGAAAGACGCAGAGGACGAUGCGGAGACUGCUCGAAAGGGCCUUACAUCGGCGUUAGCGUUUCUGCAUUCGCGAGGUAUUGAUGCCUUGUUCUCCUUCGAUGUCGAAGGUGAUGUUGGCGUUGACCCCAAUUUCAUGACGCUUUGGUUUAGCCAGCCCGGACUCGGCCUUCCCUCCAAGGAGUACUAUGAGGAAGACUCCAUCACAGAGAUUUAUCAAGGCGUCAUCGAAGACCUUCUGACUACGCUCGCGGAGGAGGACGAGGCUAUUAGAACCAGAUCGCAGGGGUUAGCGCUCAACGAGGAUGCGGUUUCCGUUUGGCCGCCCUGGCCAUGGCCACCUUGGGAGGGCGACGAUGACGACGACGACAAGCCUUCCAACAGGACGAGGUCCCCGCACAAACUGGCGCAGAAAGUCCUCGCUUUCGAAACGGAGCUUGCGAAGGCUAGUCUCGAUCUCGACAUCCUUUUCCAAGACCCCAUCGCAACGUAUAACCCCACGCCUCUUGCAAAGCUCACGUCAUCUCUUCCCCAGAUCAACUUCAAAGACUACUUUGCCACCUUCACGCCGCGCUCUUUCCCGAGCAACGUUAUUGUCACGUAUCCAUCCUACCCCGCCUCUCUCUCAAAGAUCCUCGAUGAUACACCCUCAGACAUUGUCGAGGCGUACCUCAUCACCCGCGUUGCUUUGGAACUUUCCCCGUAUCUAGGUAUGGAGACGAAAGCGUGGCAAGCCCAGAGACGUUUGUACGAGCUACUUUCGGGCGUAAAGAAAGGCGCCGUCGGCGAUCGCGCGGAGUACUGCACCGGGAUCGUGGAGUCGACAUUGGGUUUCGCGGCUGGGCGAUACUUUGCCAAUGAGACGUUUGGAGGAGAGUCCAGAGAGAAGGGGACAAAGGUCAUCACGGAUAUCAUCGAUUCGUUCAAGACAUCGCUGCGGGAUAUUGACUGGAUGGACAAGAAGUCGGCCAAGGCCGCGUCGGAGAAGGCGGAUGCUAUUCGUGUCAAAGUCGGCUUCCCUCUAUCCCCCGACACCCGCGACCCCGCAUCUUUGGCGCGGUAUUAUGCCUUGGUCACAAUUGACGAGGAUAAGUUCUUUUCCAACAUUCUCAGCGCUUCUGUCAGUGAUGAGAGCAAAAAGUGGGCCAAGCUAGGCAGGACGCGUGACCUCGAUGCUUGGGAGAUGUAUGCAUCCACCGUCAAUGCCUAUUUCAACCCUCCUGCGAAUGAGAUCGUCUUCCCCGCUGGCAUCCUCCAACCACCUUUCUUCUCCCAGGAUUGGCCGGCGUACCUUUCCUACGGCUCAUUUGGACAUGUUGCAGCACACGAGCUGACACAUGCAUUCGAUUCCGCCGGACGCUUAUACAACCAAAACGGGAAGCUUGAGGAGUGGUGGACCAACUCGACCAGUGAAGGCUUCCAAGUCAAGCAAGACUGCAUUGUCAAACAGUACUCCGAGUAUAGCAUUGACGAUGGAAAGGGCGGGAGGGUUUAUGUCAAUAAUAUCGGUGACACAGGCCUAAUUCAAGCGUACCGCGCUUGGCAAGCGCAGUAUCCGAAAUCACUCAAAGCAGGAAAUGAGUAUCUCUUGCCGGGGUUGAACUUUACUAGGGAACAACUUUUCUUCAUCUCUUUUGCUCGUAUCUGGGCGAGAGUAAUGAAACCUGCUGCUGCCGUCCAACGAAUUCGAACCGACCCACACUCUCCAUCACGAUAUCGCGUGGAUGGAACAGUGUUCAACAUUCCCGAGUUCGCCAAAGCUUUCAACUGCUCACCCAAAUCCAAAUUGAAUCCGCCAAGAGAGAAGCAGUGUAUAUUCUGGGGCUGA